GUCUGCCUGCGGAGACAUCCAUUGAGAGGUUUGUAACAAUUGGUGCAUACUGUCUUUUGAGGUCCUGCACAAUUGAGCCUGAGUGCAUUAUCGGACAGCAUUCCAUUCUCAUGGAAGGUUCGUUGGUAGAGACCCACUCGAUCCUGGAGGCAGGAUCUGUGGUUCCGCCAGGGAGGCGAAUUCCUACUGGUGAACUUUGGGCUGGAAAUCCGGCACGGUUUGUCCGAGCCCUUUCCCAUGAAGAAACCUUGGAGAUCCCGAAACUUGCUGUCGCGAUAAAUGAUCUGAGCAAAGAACAUUUCUCAGAGUUCCUCCCGUACUCCACAGUAUAUUUGGAGGUUGAAAAGUUCAAAAAGUCCUUGGGGAUCUCAAUCUGA